AUGGUCCUUGAGCUCCAUCCUUGCACUGAAUCCGACCUUCCAGAGUUCGUUCGAAUUCAGAUUGCCGCCUUCGGCACCGGCGGCGGCAUGACAGCGUUCAUGGUCGAACACCCACCCUCAGAAACAUACAUCAACAAGGCCGUCGACAAGCACAUCAGGUCAUUUCGCGAGGAGAAGGACGUUACUUAUCUCAAGGUCAUCGACACUGAGCUUGACGGGCAGAUGAUUGCAGGCGCCAAAUGGCGCAUCAACCAGAAGGAACGCAAAGAAGAAGAAAUUCAGUCCCAGCUACCAGUGCCUGGAGCGGAUGAGGAGGGCAAGCACGCGAUGAUCGACUUUAUCUGGUAUCUGAACAGAGUGAGGAGGGAGUUCAUGGGAACCAAGCCGUUCUAUUUCCUGCAUAUCCUCAUUACAGAUCCAGCACACCACCGCCGUGGUGCCGGGGCGCAACUCGUCAAGUGGGGCACCUCUCAGGCAGAUGCCGCCCAACUACCCUGUUUCUUGGAAUCUUCGGUCAUGGGCCGGCCGUUGUAUGCCAGAUGCGGGUUCACACCAAGGCACGAAGAAGUGUUCGACCUGCAGAAGUAUGGAGGUGAAGGCAAAGACACAAACACGGUGAUGAUCAGAGAUCCGGUUCGUUCGUAG